CGCGGUCCGUCCGCGAACGCGCUCCGCUCCGCAGUCCGAGCGCGGCGAGGGGUCGGCGCGGCAACUAGCAAGACUCGCUCUCGUGAGGCCCGGCGGCGGGCAGGGCUGCGGCCCCGCCAUGCGCCCGCUGCUCGGCCUCCUCCUGGUCUUCGCCGGCUGCACCUUCGCCCUGUAUUUGCUGUCCACGCGGCUGCCCCGAAGCCCCGGAGCCGGCUCGGCGGAGGAGCCUGGCGGCAGGUCGCUGUGGUUCCCUUCCGACCUAGCAGAGCUGCAGGAACUCUCCGAGGUCCUUCGCGAGUACCGGAAGGAGCACCAGGCCUAUGUGUUCCUGCUCUUCUGUAGUGCCUACCUCUACAAACAGGGCUUUGCCAUCCCUGGCUCCAGCUUCCUGAACGUUUUAGCUGGUGCCUUGUUUGGGCCGUGGCUGGGCCUUCUGCUGUGCUGUGUGCUGACAUCAGUGGGCGCCUCGUGCUGCUACCUGCUCUCCAGUGUUUUUGGCAAGCAGCUGGUGGUCUCCUAUUUUCCAGAUAAAGUGGCACUGCUACAGAGGAAGGUGGAGGAGAACAGAGACAGUCUGUUCUUCUUCUUACUGUUUCUGAGACUUUUCCCCAUGACGCCAAACUGGUUUUUGAACCUCUCAGCCCCAAUUCUGAACAUUCCCAUUGUGCAGUUCUUCUUCUCAGUCCUUAUCGGUUUGAUCCCGUACAAUUUCAUCUGUGUGCAGACGGGCUCCAUCUUGUCAACCCUCACCUCCCUGCAUGCUCUCUUCUCCUGGGAAACGGUCCUGAAGCUCCUGGCCAUUGCCCUGGUGGCCUUAGUCCCUGGAACGCUCAUUAAAAAAUUCAGCCAGAAGCACCUGCACUUGAAUGAGAGGGUGCCCACGGGUCACACAGAGAGUAGAAAAGACACGUGAUCCAGACUUUCCCUCCGCCUAUUCUGUGACGUCCUAUCCUGAUUUGCAUAAUGGGUGUGGUCAAGAUCCUCACCGUUCUUGGGCACCAUUCAUCUGCUCCAGCGGGUGGACUGUAUCAGGACUCACGCCACAGAGAACUCAGGAUGGCCGGUUGGGUUUGCCUCUUGCCCUGCUGCUUUUGGAGCUGGUUGUCCUCAGAGAGCACCUUCUGCGAAGUGACAGGCUGUGUGACAGUGCUCACGUCCAUAGUGUCAGCAUUGACUGGGCCCACCUCGCUGAUGGGGCUGGUGGCCUUAUGUCAGUCUCUUGGGGAGUAUUCUGUGUUCUUUCACCGGUGAGCUACCUCUUCCUACACCAAGGGAAUCAAGUUGAUGAACUACCUAGCGCCUCCACCGAUAGCUCAGAUGCAGUGACUUUUGUGAUGCCCCUGUGUUAUCACCUGAUGUCCGUGUGUGACAGUUAAGCUGACUGUAAACAGAUUAUUAAAUAUUAAUGGAACAAAUUCUUUAUCUUCUGGCUAUGUCCUGGAGAGGGCAGGGCCCUGGACAAGGCAAGCCUGGAGGCCAUGUGUGUGUUUUGCUGUGUCCUUUCACCUCUUCCUGUUAGGAGAGUGAUUCUGUAUCCUAGGCUACCAGCCAAUGUCCCCUGUGAAUGUUUUUCAUUUUGUCAUUUGCUGAGAAUGAGGAAUAGUUCUUUUUUUUAAUUCAAAGAGGUAGAGUUGGGCUUGGGCUGUUUAGUUGGUUGUGUUGUAUAGUGAUUACUUAAAGUUUUCAAGCAGUAGUUGACAGUAGGGUUGAUUUGGUGCAGGCCUGGGGCAUUGCCUCUGGGGACAGAUGGACUUCACAGCUGAGCAGAGCAGAGCAGAGCGGCUUUGUGACCCUGUGCCCUCAUCAUGACCUUCCCAGCCCUUGGACAUCAUCUGCUGGGUUUGUUGUUUCAGGUGGCCAAGAAUCUUGCCAGGGCUCUAAUCUAGGUCUCUAAUAUGAAUUCUUGAGAAUAACCACACUCCACAGGAAGAGUGGGCCCCCAGGUGGUGGGGUUUGGACAUGCUAGGAAUCUUACAGAACAAAGGUUUCAUUAAAAGUGUUUCUUUUUAGGCAAAGGUGUGAGUGGAGGUGAGGACAUGACUUGGGUAGCGGUAGCUAUUAGUGUUCUGGAGUAGGGGGAGGGAAGGAGCGCCCCACCAAUGUGUGUUGCAAAUGUGUGUCCCGUGUCUCUUUUCAGGACCCUUAGAUUUGUCCUUUUCCUUCUUGCAUGGUUUUCCAAAAAUGUGCCUUACUGGGUUAAGAGUUUACAGGUAAAGCAGUUUCCCAAAUAAAUGGAUAUAAGCAUCCUGUGUUAAAUAAAUGGACGUAAGUGCUUGUUUCUACGUGUUGCUACACUUCAGCUGCGCUUACCAAAGAAAAUCUAGGAUUGACUGAAAAUUGGACAACCUGAAGUGGUACUUUAGCUUUCUGCUCUCAGCAGGCCUCUGACCAAAUUUCUUCCAGAUUCCCACUUCCUCUCUCUGUUCACAUUCUAGUGGUGUCACUGGGGACAGGAACAGCUGCAAGAGGGAGCAGAGCCACCCAUGGAAAAAGCAGAGAGUCCAUCCAAGCUCUUAGGGAAAACUCAAGAAGGGACACUGACUACAAAUGAUGGCUAGGGCUUUUGUGGUUGUGUCUGAAUGGGAGUGCUGCAGAACUGGGGCGCUCCAUCACAUGCUUCUCCUGGUUGCAGAAACCCGUUCAUGGGAUGAAGUCUUAGCUUCUCCAUGUGCAGAUGAAUUCCCAGACCCAUGAAGGUGGCCCACAAGACACAAGUGAUGUCCUUAGGAAAGGACAGGACCAGGGAACACUUUCUGUUUAAUCUCAUGCAGUUCCACUCUGAUAGCCAUUCUUCUUCCUGUUGCUACUCGGUACAAACAUCGGAAGACCACACGGAGCAGGAAACCCACAGCACAGUCCAUGAGGGAGUCAGCAGCGAGGUGGCUCAUUUUGAAACUGAACCACAGAAAGGCAACCAUUUCCUCCAUAGUGAUAGGAACUCAAAGUACUGUUGUAAGGACCCAGCGGGUCUCCCCCUUCCAGAGUCUAGGACGCGUUCCCUACAGAGGUGACAGCUAUAGAAGUGCUGUGGUCAAGGCAGGACAUCUUACUGAGCACUAAGGUUCAGGCUGGAGUUCGCUGUGGGCUACGCUAGCGUGUGAGGACGGCACACUGGACAGCAGCCUGGGGCCAGAGCCGGUGAUCCCGAGUGCUGAGAAGCCCCAGCACUGCUGGGAUUCUGCCGGCAGCCUCCGGGAAGUGGCCUUGGUAUCCACUGGAGGCCUGGCUCGGGGGAGUCGUGAUGUCACACAUGGAGCGCGUGACAGCCCAAGCUUGAACUCCUGUUUCUCAGAGAGUGAUUUUGGAGCACCCUCUCCUGCCACUUGUCUCUGAGAAGCGCUCCAUGUUCCCUGGGGCGUCUGGCUUAGCAGCCUAGUGUGUUCCCAGGUGAGCAGGCUUUGGCAGUGCCUGCUGUAACAUGCAACCCAGCAGACAAAUAGGGUUCUACGGGCCGGUCUGUGAGGCUGGGACACGGUGGUGGGUGUAUACUGGGAAAUUUGUUCUGUGAAAUCAGCAAAGAAAACCUUGUUGCUUGGAACGGCACUGAUUUCAUACUGAUAGGGUCAGCCAGAGUCUUGAAGAUGUUCCACGAGUCUCACAGCACCUCCGGAGGCAUGUGCUCAUUCAACAUCGAGGACGCAAAGGGAGAAACAUUUUGGAAUGUGACCCAUCGGUGUUUGGUGAUUGUUCAGUUGGAAUUGCUGUCCAAAAAGGCAGCGAAGAGAGGCAAGGGGCCUUUUCUCUGCCAUGGUGCUGGCCCUGCUAGCCUUCAAUGGGAUCCACAAGGAGAACCUUGGUAAGAUCCUGUUGUUCUCACACCAUGAUGAAUUCAAGGUCUCAAACUACCUUUUAGAAAUGGAUUCUGAAACAGGCCAGAGGCAUGUCCCUCUGCGUGUUAAUUCCAAUCAAAUGGUGACAUUGCUUCAGGUGUGUUGUGAGAGGGUCUGAGGCUUAAUAUAGUGCUCAAUAAAUUUAGUUUUGGGUGUUUAGGAAAAGGUACAAGAUGGUGGUGUUUUUGUUUCUGGCCUAGUAGAAACAGAAAUUGUAUCUCACUGUACUGUAGGGUAGGGCAGUGAUUCCUCGGAUUUCAAAUAUUAUUUCUGCUCUGAAAAUUCAAUAUUAGG